UGAGUGCAGCCCCGCCCGCCGCUGAGUUUGCUCCGGUCCCUCAAUUGUUUCGCUCUCACAAGAACUUUGUUUACAGUCCCUUGUGCAGCGGGCGGCAUCCCCCUCUUAUACUUGCUUCGGGCUGGUGUUCGCUGCAGUCCUGCCCGGCACUCGGGAGGAAACUUCCAUGCUAGAAUAUUGUUACCUCCAGUUCAGCAACAUCUGAACACUUCAAAGCCUGGAGCAGCACUUACUGCUGCAGGACUCCCCCUUGAAUUGACAUACGAGACAUCUCAAGCCGUCUUUCUCUGCUUACUGAGCCAAGGGAUUUGUUCCGAUGGAUUUCUCCUGGACCUGUGCAUCGUGUGCUCAGCAGUGCCUGCUCUAGCCUAAGAACUGACAAAGUCAAGGCAAUCAAGAUGACAAAUGAACCUAUUAAAGAGAUUCUGGGUGCUCCAAAGCAUCCUGGUACUGUAACCAUGGAGAAGUGUAAUAACAAUGACUGUGUGAUAACCACCAUCCCUCUUGUCAGUGAGUGCCAGCUGACUGCAGCAACAGGGGGAGCAGAACUCUCCUGUUACCGCUGUACCAUUCCCUUUGGGGUGGUUAUCCUCAUAGCCGGCAUCGUGGUUACUGCUGUGGCAUACAGCUUUAAUUCUCAUGGAUCCAUCAUCUCGGUGUUUGGAUUAGUCCUUUUGUCAUCAGGACUCCUUUUGCUGGCUUCUAGUGCAGUGUGCUGGAAAAUCAGGCAGCAAAACAAGAAAGCAAAGAGGCGGGAGAGCCAGACAGCGCUUGUGGCAAAUCAGAGAACCUUGUUUGGUUAAAGACAACCAGGAGAAGGCUGGACAGAAGGCAGAACCUUUGUAAAUCAACUUGACUAUUUAUCAAUAGGAGAGAUUGGAAGUUUUAAUUUAACUUUGGAAAUGAACUGAAGUGGAAGCAGACUGGAUUAAGAAAUACUCUUUGAAACUCUGCAAGUGCUCUUAAUAUUUUUCUUACUGCAGAUUUGGUAGUGAUUCUUUUGAAGACGGAGGAAAACCCACUUUUCCUGUACAGAAAGCGGCAUCAUCCUGACUUCCAUCAUCACAACUGCAUUCUCCAACAUGCUGAUCAUGUUGGAAAGGGACUUGUGAAAACUAAGAAUAGUUUGAACUGACUUGAAAUGCCAGAAUCUCCUUAAAAUACACACUGUGACAUUUGACCAAGGGAGAAGUUGUAGCAUUUGAGGUGACUACAAGCUUAUGGCCAGAUUGUGACUUAAAUUGUAGCUCAAAAAAGAAAAAGCAAUAACAACCAAACACUGCUGAUUGCUCAAUAAGAUGAUUCUUAUAUUUUAUGUAACUUUCCCCUCCCAAUAUCUGUGGUACUUUUCCCCCUUUUUUAAACCAACUAAUAUUAAUUUUGUUCUACUAUUGAAUAGAAAUAGGUAGAAAUAUAUAAUGAUAUUGUCUAACCUAAAUAACGGGGUAUGAUUAUAGCUUAAAACAUGAGACUUUUUUGGGUUUAUAAAUUAAAAUGAUCAGGUUUAGCACUUUGGAUUAUUUUGCUAUAAAAGUAAAAAGUAAAUUUCAUUAAAAUAAUAUUCAGUGCUGCUAGACCUUUAGAAAAUCUGUUCUUGCUAUCAAGAUAUGUUAUAUCUUAAAUUUUGACUGCUUUAUGACUCUAUUUUUGUAGAACAGUAACUGUGAACAUAUGUACUGCUGAUCUCCUCACAAAGAGGAGUGUGGAUUAUAGUUUGAUGGCCCAUUCCUCUUGCAGGUUGAUUAACAACUCUGUUACUGGAAAACCAUAAUGGUCAGUUCUGCAGACACAUACUGGCAUGGUCACUUUUAGACACAGCUAUGAAUAAUUACUUGUGGAAGCAAAGUCAUCUGUGUAGUAACUGUUUGCUGAAUGAGCUUUGGGAUUAUGGUUCUUUAGAAAAGCAGGUGCCAGGCGUCGCCUGUGUGUGUCUGAGACGUUUGAUUCUGUAACUGUUGUGUUCCAGAGGUCUUCCAGCUUUUUUUUCAGAUAAUGAAUAAUUGAGGGGCUGGUCCCAAACUGAAGCAAACCAGAAUGUUAUUUCUUCAUCUCUAUCCUGAAGGACAAGUGGUGCGGAGCCAAGUCACAGACUUCCACCCCAGCAUGUGUCAGGGUGUCAGAAGGCAGAGGGGCUGCAUGGAGCCCUCUUUAUUUUUCCCUCUCUCUGUUUUUUGUCCUUAAUUUCUCCUGACUCAAAAGGGCUGGAUGUGAUUUUUAGUUUCCACUGUUGCAGCGAGUGAGGCUGAUAUUAAUGUGCCUCCUCUUUGCCCUCUGGUGCCUCUGGCAUCCACACCAGCAGUGGUGAUGCCACUGCAUAGUAUCCCGCAGGUCAUCCCAGAGCUCCUGAAAUCACCCAGCAUCCUGGCUUAGGUGCCACCUUUUCCUCUGCCCUCCGUGGUUUAAGGUUGUUACAUCCAUAAUCUAUCCCUGGAUUUGUGCAGUGCACUUCAUGUUUUAAAUAGAGCAAGCUAUAUGUAUGGGAGGGGAUGUUUGGAGUCAGUAUUUGCGUUGCCACACUCCGUGGUUACCAGACGCUAUAAUAAAAUCACUUGCAUCAGAGGAAAGCUGACAACACAUUUUAGCACUUCCAUGGCCCUAACUUAAUCACGGCAGGAAGCUUUCCUGCUGCUAGGAGAACAUGUUGCGUCACCAGAACAUCUGACACCGGUGUCUAAUGUCAAUCACUUUGCUUAAGGUCAUUAAAAAUAUUAGGGUGUCCCCUUACGAUGUACAGGUUUUGCAUGAGUGACAAUUCAUGGGAAAUGCAUAGCAUGAUAAAUAAUGGAACAGGUGGAACUAAAGUGGUGUCUUUCCUGUUUAAAAUGAGAAAAGUGAUUGACAUCAGCAAAGCUGGAUAAGCUAAAUAGGGCUAUUUAUUUCUCCCCACAGGAACACAAUAGUUUUUUCUGACUCUUUCUUCCCCCUCCCCAUUCCUGUUUUUUCUCAGUGGAAUUUUGCAGGCAGCCGAGGAGAGGAUUGCAGGGACUGUAGAGAUGCCGUGAUUUGCACUACACAUGUGGAGCAGCUCAGCCCCACCAUUCCCAGUCUGUUGCCUUCUGCAGAAGUCUUUCCCAUACGCUGGUCCUCCCUUUGCAAUUGCUGCAAUAGAGGCGAGCUUGCAUGUGGCAUGAGGAAGGGAAGCAGAGGUGCAAGGUGAGGCUCUGCUCCAAGUCAAAAGGCCAGAUUCAGUGGAACAGAGGCAAUGGGUUUUGUGGAGUACUUUUUUCCAGGGAAAGUAUACAUGAGUCAGAGUUGCUCUGAUAUUACUAGAGAUUUCCCUUAUCUCUACUCUGUUUUACAUUUGCCCUGAACAUACAAGGACACAGCAGAGUGCCUGCAACACCCUCUGCCUUGCUAAGUGUGGGCAUCCAGGCAUUAAGCAGCAUGUGAGCAGUGACAGCCAGCAUUGUGGUGACCCUAGGCAUGAUGCCCUAGCAAGCAAAGUUUCAGCUUGCAUGGUCCCAGGAUACCAGCUAGCAGACAGGUUGAGAGGGCCUUGGGUAAUACAGGGCUGCCACAGCACAAACUGCUGAGCUCAGCAGCAUCAGCUCUAUCCCAGUGGUACAACAUACAUGCACAAGCCUCUCCAUAUCAAUCAGUGAGUGAAGUCUGUGCAGGAAUUCACUCUUGUUUGUCCUGUACUCAGAGAAACAAAAUAGUAACUUCACAGGGAAAAAUUCCAGCACUUGGUCUUGGUGUCCUGCAGGAGCAAGGCAGAGGUUGUGAACAGUUUAGUCAGAGACCUUAUGCUGUUGAAGACGUUUUCACAUGUUUCAUCACUGAAUUGCCACAAAGCCUUAGAAACUGGCACAGACUUCACCACCAUGAUUUGUGUGCAUUGAUUUCGGGACAGCUUUUCUGAAUGAGCAAUGAUGACAUCCAACAUAAGUCUUACAUUCUAGGUUUUUUGUUCCUGCAAAUCUAUAUAUUAUAGACUUUUUCAUUACUAUCCUCUCUCCCUGUGCCCCUGGUGCUGGUUCCAACAUAGGAACAGUACCUUCUUCUUAGCCCUUAAACCUCGAGUUGUUCUGAGGGAAGUGUUACGUGAGUACAGUGUGGCAGGUUUGGCACCUUCAUUUUUCCAGAAACUGGUAAUUUGGUUAGAUCUGAAAUGUUUUUUUACAAGGGCACAUCUGUAGUGCUUUUUACAGAGGUCAACCCCCUCAAACUGGUCAGCUAAAACCAGCAAAAUUGCAGCUUCAGCACCC